UUAUUUUAUUUUAAUUUUAACUAAUAAUUAGUGAAAAAUACAAAAAAUAUAAUUAAAAAAAAAAAAAGAGUAAUCAGUGGUGUUGCAUUGAGGAAUUUUUUUGGAUUAUCUUGGAUUUUGGAAAUGGCAUUGCUGAAAAUACAACGAUUUAUUUUACAAUUAUUAAUUAUUGUGUUUAUAUUUACAAAAGGAAGUAAAUCAUUGGGAUGUGGAUAUCCAGGUGCACCAGCUCACAGUAAUGUACGUUUUUCACAGGGUGAUACUGAUGAUGUACUUGAUGAAGAAGAUGAAUUAAUAAAAGAUACAAGUCUACCUGAGGGUACUGUUGCAACGUACUCAUGUGAACGUGGUUUUGAACUUCUUGGUCCAGCAAGAAGACAGUGUCAAGCUGAAGGCAAUUGGACACCUGAGGGUGUACCAUUUUGUGUUUUAAAUGUUGCUGGUGGAAAAGCUCCAAUGCAAUCAAGCAGUGCUGAAGGUGGUAUACCACAAAGAGCUGUUGAUGGUAGUUCAGGACAGGCAUUUAGUCCUCAAACAUGUACAUUGACAAAACCAGAGCAACGACCCUGGUGGUAUGUUAAUCUUUUAGAGCCAUAUAUGGUUCAACUUGUCAGGCUUGAUUUUGGAAAAGCUUGUUGUGAUGGAUCAACUGGAACAAUUGUCGUUCGAGUAGGUAAUAAUCGUCCUGAUCUUGGUACAAAUCCAAUUUGUAAUAAAUUUACUGGACUAUUGGAAGAAGGACAGCCAUUAUUUUUACCAUGUAAUCCACCAAUGCCUGGUGCAUUUGUAUCGGUUCAUCUUGAAUCAUCAGCAAUAUCACCAGCACCAGUACAGCUAUCACUUUGUGAAGCUUUUGUUUAUACUGAUCAGGCAUUACCAAUUGAAAGAUGUCCACAAUUUAGAGAUCAACCACCAGGUUCAACAGCAACAUAUAAUGGUAAAUGUUAUAUAUUUUAUAACAGACAACCAAUGCAAUUUAGAGAUGCAUUAAGUUUUUGUCGUUCACGUGGUGGUACACUUGUUGAUGAAAGUAAUCCAGCAUUACAAGGUUUUAUAUCAUGGGAAUUAUGGAGAAGACAUAGAAGUGAUACAUCAAGUCAAUAUUGGAUGGGAGCAGUAAGAGAUACAAAAGAUAAAACAAUAUGGAGAUGGACUGGUAGUGGUGAUGAAGUUACAGUAUCAUUUUGGAGUGUAUCUGAUGGUUCACAAGAAGAAUGUGCACGUUAUGAUGGUAGUCGUGGUUGGUUAUGGUCAGAAACAUCAUGUACAUCAAGAUAUAAUUAUAUUUGUCAACAUCAACCAAGAGCAUGUGGUAGACCAGAACAACCACCAAAUUCAACAAUGCUUAUUAUUAAUACAAAUAAUAAUGGCAGUAAUAAUAAAAAAGAUGUUACAAAUUAUCAUGUUGGUGAAUCAGUAUUAUAUAAUUGUAAUUCUGGUAGUUUAUUAAUUGGUCCAUCAACACGUACAUGUUUAGAUACUGGUUUUUAUAAUGAAUUUCCACCAGUAUGUAAAAAUAUUGAAUGUGGUUAUCCGGCAAAUAUAAAAAAUGGUAAUUAUAUACUUAUUAAUAAUACGGUUAAUUAUUUAAGUCAAGUAUUAUAUUCAUGUAAUGAUGGCUAUGAAAUGACUGGACGUGCACGUUUAACAUGCGAUAUUGAUGAACGUUGGAAUGGUCCACCACCACGUUGUGAACCAAUACAUUGUGAUUCACCACCAUAUGUUAAUCAUAGUACAAUUGAUAUUGAAGAAUUAAAUUCAAAUGAUAAAAAUCAAUUAAAAUUAACAAAUCGUACAUUACUUGUUGGUAGUAUUGUAACAUAUAAUUGUAUAAAAGGUUUUAAAUUAAAUGGACAUAAACAGCUAUUAUGUUUACCAACUGGUUUAUAUGAUCAUACUGGACCAACAUGUGUCAUUGAAGAAGUUAAAGUAACACCAACAUUACCAAGAUUUACUGUUAGACCAUCAAGUACAAGAGGUAAACCAUUUUUUCCAACAACAAAAUCACGUAUAUCAACAACACCAUUAACAACAACAGUAACAACUACAACAUCAUCAACAACAUCUGAAUUAACAACAAAUAAAAAAUUAUUACUACAUCAAACAUCUGAACAUGAAGCAACUGUACGUGAAUCAGCUGUUAAAAAAUCAUCAAUUGAUAUGCAAAAACCAGCAAUAAUACCGUCAAUAACUGUUGAAGAUAUUGAUGAAAGUCAUCCAAUUGAUAAUGACAUUGCUAGUACUGGUGUUGAUAAUGCUAGAGCUAAAAUUGCAUCUGGUGUUGCUGAACCAACUGGACCAUAUAAAGUUGAUAGAUCAGAUGCACCAACACAUCAAGCAAAAUUAAAUCUUGGUGCUGUUAUUGCACUUGGUAUUUUUGGAGCAUUUGUUUUUCUUGCUGCUAUUAUUACAACUGUUGUCAUUCUCAUUCGCAGAAGCAGAGGAAGAAGUAGUAAACAUUAUCGACAUCGUGCAUCACCAGAUUGCAAUACAGUUGCAAGUUUUGAUAGCAGUUCAUCAGAAAGUCGUGGUGGUCUUAAUAGAUAUUACAGACAAGCAUGGGAAAAUCUUCAUGAAACAGCUGGACAAAAAGUCAAUCAUACACCAUUAAGACGUAAAGAAACACUUGAUGAACCAGGCUAUCGUGAUAAUUAUCGUGGUAAUGAUAAUACAUCAGAUAUCAUUACUGAAACAACACAUAAAAAUGAUAGUAAUAAUAAUAAUAAAAAAAGACAUCAUCAUCAUCAUCAUCAUCAUGGUAAUACUGGUGCUGAAUGGAGACAAGCUCAAUCUCAUCAUCGAUACUAAUAACAUAUUUUUAUUAUUUUUUUUUUUUUCAUUUUAAAACUAUUAAAACAAUUAAUAAGCUCAGGAAUAUUUACCAUUUUAAUGGUUUAUAUUUUUUUUUUUUUUUCUUUUUUUAUUUAUCAAUAACAGUAAAAAAUAUUUUAAC